UAAUACACCUAGUAUGAAGGAAGUUUACGCAUAUCAUUUGUCAAACUGAUUAUGUUAAUGAGGUCCACAAUUAAAAUACUUUUAGUUCAGGUAACAAUGACACUUUUCUGUGUUAUUCUCAAUAAAUUAUGUUAGUUUUACCUACUGAACAGAGUGUUGACAUCCCCAGUUUAUGAUUCGAAACAUACACAUGCCCAUGAAGCUAGAGAUGCAAAUAUUCGAUAUCCUGUGGUAUUUAUACAUGGGAUCGGUGGAACACAAGCUCAUUGUAUUGUGAAAGAUCCACAAUCACGUGUGAAAAGCUUUAUUGUAUGGAUUCGACUGAUUAUUUUCUUUCUACCUGAGAAAUUGUUCUCUUAUAUGGGAUUAGAGUAUGAUCCAGUUUCAAAGACAACUAAAGAAAGAGAUUUAUGUAAUGUUGAAUUUCCUGGUUGGGGUGAUACAUGGGCAAGUGAAUAUCUCACUGAAGAAAAAUAUUCUCCAUCAAUUUAUCUGAAAUUACUUGUUGACGCAUUAACUGAAGACAGCUAUUUCAUACGAAAUAAAACGUUACGUGCUGCACCGUAUGACUUUCGUAAAACACCACAUGAAAAUUUAAAAUAUUUUGAUAAAUUAAAACAACUUAUCGAAGAGACUUAUGAAAAUGGUGAAAAUCGUCCAGUGUACUUACUUGCACAUAGUAUGGGAUCUUUAUAUUCAAUGUAUUUUCUUAAACAACAGACAAAGGAUUGGAAACAACGUUACAUCCGAGGAUUUAUAUCUGUUUCUGCUCCAUUCGGUGGAUCAAUGGAAGCUCUGUAUUCUGAAACUUGUGGAAAUAAUUUUGCAGUACCAGCACGCACCCCAUUUGCAUUCCGAGAGGCAGAACGUUCUUUUCCUGCUAUGGCUUUUCUUUUACCAGAUCCACGUCUAUGGUCAGAAGAGGAAAAAGUCAUUAUUACGCCUAACAAAAAUUAUUCAGUACAUGAUAUGAAAGCGAUGUUCGAGGAUAUGUCAUUUCCAUCAGGUUAUUUAAUGAUGCAAGAAGGUAAAAAAACAAUUGAUACACUUGAACGACCUACAGAUGUUGACAUCUAUUGUAUAUACGGUGUUCAACUGCCUACAAUAUCACAAAUGAUAUUUUCAACACCUGGAAAGUUUCGUUCAUCAUUUCCAAAUCACAUACCACUAAUUAAAUAUGGCGAUGGAGAUGGUAUGGUGAAUAUACGCAGUUUAUCUGUUUGUAAUAACUGGAAGUCAGUUAAUGCAAUUCUUUUACCGCAUUGUUCACAUGAAGACAUUCUUAAAGAUAAACGUUUAAUUGCUACUGUAAAACGACUCCUCAAUAUUAACUAAUUACUUUUACAAACAAAAUAAUCAGUCAAAGAUUCAAAACACUACUUUACAACAUUUAUUAUUAACAUGAUGACCAUUCAUUAAUUUCAAAAUUUUUCUUGUACAGAGACUUUUUAGUAUUGUUAUGAUUUCUCAUUCUAAGCCAAUAUAUUUUUGAUAUGUUUUCAAGGUUUCAUUGUAAUAUUUGAUCGUGGAUGUGAAAUGCUGAAAUCGGAUUAUUUCUUUCUUUUAGAUUCCAAUAAUUCUUUAGUUAAUGGUCAUUAGUGUUGAGAAACAAUAAGACAUGAAACUAUAAGUUUAAUUUUAUUUCAGAAAUUUGAGAGUAAGUUUGAAAUGCUUCAGUAGUUUGAAAAAUAACAGAUUUGUGUAAGAUGUAAUUUCAUUUUUAUCAGUUCACAAAAGAAAAGUAGUCAAACUUUUCUUUACCAAGCUUUUCUACUCUUGGAAAUGAAACAGAAGACUUAAAUUGUUAUUGUCUAAU